AUGUCAGAAUCACUUGAAAGUACCACAUUAAAUCGAUAUUAGAGUAAUAAUUCCAAGGUCCUUAGUCUCUUUUAAUGUCAAAUUGUGUAGGCUUUCAGGAAGGUGAUUUUCUACAACCUCCAAGUUAAAAUUCGUACUCUGUUCCUGUCGAACAUUCUCCUAAUAAUCCAAUUAAAAAUUAAAUAAAAAAGACAUUGAUUACUGGAACUGGCAGAUAGAGCGUAUUUGAAGAAGAAUCUUCACAUCAUGGUAAACCUGAAUUUUUAAGAUUAAUUAUUGCAAAAAGCUUAUAAAAUAACUUUAUUAAUAAUCUAUGGAAUAAGUCAUACUUACGAAAAUUACAUUAAUUGACCGAGUAUCAAAUAAAAACAAUAGACGAUUUAAGGUUUAGCAGUUCGUCUGCUGAGACUGCUUAUGACAGCUUGGAUGUAUUUACACCUUAUAGCAAAUUCAUAUUCUUUUGGGAUAUUUCAUAGAUAGUGUUAUAUUUAUUCAUAUUUUUUUGGUUGCCUUUUAAAUUAUCAUUUGGAAUGAAUCAGAUUUGUGAGUUUUGGAAUGACAAAGACAAACACGAUUUGGAAAUCAUUAUCCUUAGCAUAUUAUCAUGCGAUGUUUUGGUUGGAAUGAAUAUGGCCUUUAUUCACAAAGGAUAAAUCAUCAAAAAUAGAAAGAGGAUUUUAUAAAAUUAUAUUAGAUAGUACGCAUUUGUCGAUUUAGUAUUAUUUUAUUUAUUAUCUUGGUCUCAUUAGCAGUAUUGACCUUCCAUUUCUUUCUUCAUGAUAGUUCAAACUAAGCAACCACCUUAUUAAUAAUAUUUGCAGUUGUAUUUUACAUCUUAAGACUCAACAAAAUAGAAAAGAUACUUGCCCUAAUCUAAGAGUAUGUUUGAUUAUCAAUUAUUAUUAGAUUCUUCAAUUUGAAUGGUCAACUUAAUGAUCUGCUUGCAUUAGUUUAGAUGAUUACAAUCAUUAUUUAUAUAAUCCACAUCUGCGCAUGUGUUUGGCAUGGCAUAGCUAAUAUUAACUAUCAUCCAAAUUGGAUAGAUUCCUAUGAAUUGAGAAACACUGAUAUUUAUGUUAGGUACAAUGUAGCUGUCUAUUGGGCAACCAUGACAAUGACUACAGUAGGAUAUGGUGAUGUUACUGCCAAAAACACCAUUGAAACUGCUGUUAAUAAUGUCACUAUGUUAAUUGGUAGUAUUGUUUUCGCAUAUUCAGUUAAUAGUAUAGGAAUAUUUGUAUCUAAUCUAUAUAAGAGUAGAUAAGAGUACAAUCACACUGUAAACUUAAUCAAUACAUUUAUGUCUAAAAACAAUAUCUAAUUUGAUCUUUAGACAAGAAUUCGAAGUUACCUACAAUAUAUAUGGCAAGAAGAGUAGUAGAUGAAUGAAGAAUAAGUGGGUUCCAUUGUGUCAAAGUUAAGUAGUCAUCUGCAAGAUGAGCUGAAUUUUUAGUUAAAGGGCAACAUAUUAAAUUAAUGCAAAAUAAUAACCAAGACUUUUUCACUUAAAUUCAAGCAACAUCUGCUAUUGGUGAUGGAAGAACAAAGCUUUUCUCCUGAAGAAAGAAUAAUAACGGUACAAUAACGAAUACUAUAAUUUUAGUUGAAUUAAUAGGAUGACAAUUCUUUAUAUAUAAUAACAAAAGGGGAAGUGGAGAUAAUAUUUGAAGGAACCAAUCAAAAUGGUGAUGUACAAUAAAGAAACAGUUUGUAAUGGUUGAAGGCAGGAGAUUACUUCGGUGAGAUAUCAUUCAUUACAGGCAAAUUGAGAAGUGCAUCUGCAAUUGCAAGAGGGUUUGUGAGAGUAUUUAAAAUCAAAAGAGAAUAGUUACUAAAGCUCUUAACCUUAUUUCCUAAUGAGUAUGAGAAGUUCUGCUGUUUGAAAGACUAAUUGAUGAUGAAAUAAGCAGUAGCAUCAGCUAUAUCAUGUUAUAGUUGCAAGAGUGAUUAGCAUCUAAUAAAUGAGUGUCACUUCCAUCAUUAUUGUGCAGACAAAGAAUCUUUGAUCAAGAAGGAGUAUUUCCCAGUCGAACAAAAGAGGAAAACUUAUGAUCGUAGAGGCUCAACAAGUAAAUUACAUCCUUGGUUAAACCAAUAUGUCCUUACAAAUAAAGCAAAACAAUAUGCUUUUACUAAUACGAUAACGGAUAACGAUUCCGAUGAAAAUGAUGACGAAGAAAAUGGCAUAUACCAAUCAAGUGAGGAUGAUGAAGAGUAAGUCUAAUUGAGAGAUAACUCGUAGUCGAUCAGUGCCACUCAACACUUAAAUGACACUGAGGAUGAAGAUAAUAAUAGGAUUCAGAAGUAUAAGAGAAACAUAGCAAUACCCCAUGAGACCAUUAAGACUGCUGGAUUUGGAUAACACAAAUAGGAUAGACAAUAAUAACACGAUUCGCCUUAGAUUGAAGGUGUGAUUGCAGAAUCAAAGAAAUUGAUCAACACCUAUUAAGUAAAGCCUCCUCAAGGGGAUAAUAGAACCAACCCUAAGACAUCCAAGAAGAGAAUUACAUUAAUUAAGGAGGCACAAGAGGAACGACAAGGGUCUGAGUAAUUUUAGAAGACAUGUAUUAUGUGUGAUAUUUUGUAUAGUUCGUUAAGCUACAAAGAAGAGAUCGAAAACUGCUAGAGGAGCCAAAGAUCAUAGUUAAUUUACAGAUGGCUAUUUGAACCAAGAAGGGUAGUUGGCAGCGUAUUUUGAUAAGAUGCAGAUAUUUAGUUACUAUUUCCCAAUCAAUAAUUACGAUGUUAUUUUGAAACGCUACGCCAGAAUAUAGAAAUAAUUUGGCAAGAAAAGAGUAUUCCCUGAUUCUUCGAUUUAUAGUUUUUUUAUUUUGACAAUAAAGAAAGGCUAUAAAUUGAGAAGACUUGGAGAGGAAUUAUAAAAUCGUGCUGGACCCUAGAAGUUACCAGUAACAUCAAGAAAGUAACAUAGAAAAUCGAAACCAACUUUAUUAUUUGGAAAAGACUUUAUAAUGAAUAAUAAUAUAAAUGUGUGAUUCUUCUGAUAGUUUAUUUAGGAAUUAUUUCUAAGAAGGAGAAUUCCAAGGACCAAAUCCUCAACUUCUAAGCAACAAAGUUGUUUUUUAAUAAGGAGAUAUUCAAGGAGAUAGCAGUAAAUCAAUUACUGCUCCUGAAUAAUUUGUGAAUUAGAAUUCACCAGCACGAACUCCGAAGAAUAUGGAAAGGACUAAAACUAUGGGAGGUCGUAGAUCGGAAUAUUAAUCUGGCUAUGAUCAGGAGGAUGGAGAAUCUAUAAAAGAUAGCAAACCGUAAUUUCUUAGGUUAAUAAUUGCUAAAAGUUUGUAAAACAAUUUCAUUAAUAAUUUGUGGAAUCGAUCUUAUUUGAGGAAAUUGCAUCAAUUGACGAAGUAUUAGAUAGAAUAAUUGGAUGAUUUAUAAUUGGAAUAGGAAUUAUUUUCUAGUGUGGGAAAUCAAAAUACUAAAUCUUUUUUUUAAUCGUUGGCCUUUUGGAAAUUCAUUGAUGUCUUCACUCCUUAUAGUAAAUUUAUCGUGAUUUGGGAUGUGUUCUAAAUUUUGACUUACAUAAUGAUAUUCUUUUGGCUACCUUAUAAAAUAUCAUUUUAACUAUAUUUCAUUAGCGAUUUAUUCGAAAUGGAGAACACCAAAAUUAUAGAGAUGCUUCUCCUAUCAAUUUUGGCUUUGGAUGUUGUAGUUGGCCUCAAUCUGGCAUUCAUUUACAAAGGCUAAAUUAUAAAAGACAGGAAGAAAGUUAUAAUAAAUUAUUUCAAUUAAUACGCAUUCGUUGAUUUGGUAUGAA